AUUCCUCUGCCUCUACUUUUCCCUUCCAAUAAUAACCAUUUCAAAUUAUUUCCUAUUUUCAGCUCUUAAUCCCAAAUCCUUAAAUUCUUCAUAAUUUUCCACAAAAAUUCUCCCACUCCCUCAAUCGUCUUCCCCAAAUAGCUUAAUUUCUCAAGAAAAUGGAAGUUUGGCCAUUGGAAAUCAGAAUCAUCAAAGCCAAUGAUCUCAAAGACGUCAAUCUCAUCACUAAAAUGGAUGUUUACGCCGUCGUUUCCAUCUCCGGCGACCAAUUAAACAACCCCAAACACAAAACCACCGUCGACAAAGACGCCGGUGCCACCCCCAGUUGGAACUUUUCUAUGCAAUUCACCGUCGACGAUGCCGCCGUUCAGGACAAUCGCCUUACCCUCAAGAUCAAGCUUCUCUCUAAUCGGAAAUUGGGAGAUAAAGAAAUUGGGGUUGUUUAUGUUCAAAUCAAGGAGUUGUUUGAUAAUAGUGUUCAUCGUGAGGGCGGCGGCGAUGACGAGAAGGCCACCGGAAACGAGGAGAAAUUUGGUAGUUAUAGUGUUCGAUUGUCGAAUGGGAAGUCAAAGGGGACUUUGGAUUUGGCUUAUAAAUUUGGAGAAAAAUAUAAAGUUGAGCCGUCGCCGGUACCGCCGCCGCACACGGUGGAGACGUAUGGCAUGAAGGGGGCGGAGGCGCCGCCGGUUAUGGCUUACCCGUCUACAUUUCCUGCUUCUAGCUCUUCAUAUCCGCCGCCGGCGGAUGCAUACCCACCCCCACCCGGUGGAUAUCCUUACACUCCGCCGCCGGGGGCGUAUCCACCGUCGCAUUCGGGUGGAUAUCCGCCGCCGCCGCCGGCAGGUUAUGGUUAUCCACCGCCGGGGUAUGGAUAUGGUGGCGGUUAUCAACCACCGCCUCCGGGGUAUGGAUAUCUGCCAAUGCAGCAGCCGCCGGAGCAACCGAAGAAGAGCGGCGGCGGCGGAAUGGGAAUGGGGCUCGGAGCCGGUUUGCUUGGCGGGCUGUUGAUCGGAGAUAUGAUAUCGGACUUCUGAGAAACCCAGAUGGCAGUGGCGGCGACGACGACGGCGAUGGGGGAGUUGAGACAAAGAAUAGAAUAUGAUAUAUGGAAAAAUUAUUUUUAUGAAAUUAUUUGUUUCAAAAUGUAAUAAUUUUAAGCAUAUUUUGAAAUUUGAAAGUUGGACUUUUUCCAUAGAGUUCAUUUCAUAUAAUAUUUGUUUGUUACAUAA